GGAAGAAUGGGCUCUCGAGAGGGUAGAGAGGGAGACGGACGUCCAGAUGGGAAGAAUGGACUCUCGAGAGGGCAAAUGGAAGAAUGGAGGGUGAUAUGCUCUUGAGGAACGAAACACAGUGUGUGACUCGUUGACAACCUUCACAGCUCCCAGGCUUGCUUGGGACAGGGCGGACGAAGCAGGAAGUUGGCAGAGGGCAGGAAACAACAGGCGGAGCGUCGUUUUCCAGUAAGGAGCAUCAUAAGCGAGAGCUGCGUGUCCCAUGAAUGCAAAAAAAUCGACUUUUGCCUGGGACACGCAGCAAAGGGAGGCUCCAGCCAAAAAAUGCGUGUCCCAUGAAGCAACAAAUUGCUCAACUUAGCAUGGGACACGCGGAAUGCGCCGAGACGGACCUGCAAGCCCAUGACAACACUUACGAAGCUUCAAUAAACAGUGGCAGGAUGUCCUUCUUGCAGCAACUAGAAGGGAGAGCCCAGCAAACGGCAUCGGAAAGUAACUGCUUGCGGGAACGUGCAAGAGCGUGCCACAUCGUGCACCGCCAGCUGAAACCGCCCUUGCACGAUCUCGACAAGAAAUCCGGACGAAUACACGAUGCAGAAGGAGUCCAUAUCGUGCGUCGUCGUGCGAGAGUCGUUCAAGUUGUUUCUACACGAUCGGUUUAUAUCAUGCGAGAACGGUUCAUAUCAUAUUGCUUCAAGUUGCUAUCAUUACUAUUAAUAGUACGAAAUACAAAUACGAUUGGACAGCGAAAACUUGGUCGAGCUCCUCCAGGGUCUUGCCUUUCGUCUCGCGCACGAAUAACAAGAUGA